CCGACCCGCGGGAGAAACGUCACUCUGUUACGUGAAACAAUGAGACACGGAACAGCAUAUGUGUUACUGUGCACAUUUGUAUCAGUUGUUGCAGUUAGCUCUCCAUGUCCACCGGGAUUUGUGGAGCACAAGAAGUCGUGCUAUUGGUUCUCCAAGAUAAAGGCGAAUUUUGCUGAAGCAAGGUCAUACUGUCAGUACUUUGGAAGUCACCUCGCUAGAGUGACCAGCAGAGAUGAAGAUGACUUUGUCAGGGGUCAUGCGACCAUCCAUGGAAAAGCUGCUACCUACUGGCUUGGUGCUACUGACCUGAACGUAGAAGGAACAUGGCUCUGGGAGGGCCAACAGGCCAUGGAUUACAGCAACUGGAGUACAGGCCAACCUGAUAAUUAUGGAGGGGGGGAACACUGUCUGGAUAUCAAACAGAGUUAUGGAAAUUAUCUGUGGAAUGAUGCACCCUGUACUAGCCAUGCUGCUAACUUCAUUUGUGAGAAGGGAGUCAAGGCUUAGCUACCAUCUCUGCCACAGUCAAUGAAGUAACAAUUUUGAAAACUGAAUAAAGUUAACGAAUUG